AUGAGAGGCGUCUCCCUGUGUACCUGUGCAGCACAGGGUAGGGCGAGUCCACUCAGCUGUCUAGGAGAGGACCCAGGAGCAGCAGAGCCCCGGCCAAGCCUCUACUCUUACCAUAUUCUGAUCCUUUUCCAGCAAAUUGUGGCUACUAAUUUGCCCCCUGAAGAUCAAGAUGGCUCUGGGGAUGACUCUGACAACUUCUCCGGCUCAGGUGCAGGUGCUUUGCAAGAUAUCACCUUGUCACAGCAGACCCCCUCCACUUGGAAGGACACGUGGCUCCUGAUGGCUACUCCCACGUCUCCGGAACCCACUGGCCUGGAGGCUACAGCUGCCUCCACCUCCACCCUGCCGGCUGGAGAGGGGCCCAAGGAGGGAGAGGCUGUAGUCCUGUUAAAAGUGGAGCCUGAGCUCACUGCCCGGGAGCAGGAGGCCACCCCCCAACCCACGGAGACCACACAGCUCCCAACCACUCAUCAGGCCCCAACGGCCAGAGCCACCACAGCCCAGGAGCCCGCCACCUCCCACCCCUACAGGGACAUGCAGCCUGGCUACCAUGAGACCUCAGCCCCUGCAGGACCCGGCCAAGCUGACCUUCACACUCCCCGCACAGAGGAUGGAGGUCCUUCUGCCACCGAGAGGGCUGCUGAGGAUGGAGCCUCCAGUCAGCUCCCAGCAGCAGAGGGCUCUGGGGAGCAGGACUUCACCUUUGAAACCUCUGGGGAGAACACAGCUAUAGUGGCUGUGGAGCCUGACCACCGGAACCAGUCCCCAGUGGAUCCGGGGGCCACAGGGGCCUCGCAGGGUCUCCUGGACAGGAAGGAGGUGCUGGGAGGGAUCAUUGCUGGAGGCCUCGUGGGGCUCAUCUUUGCUGUGUGCCUGGUGGGUUUCAUGCUGUACCGCAUGAAGAAGAAGGACGAAGGCAGCUACUCCUUGGAGGAGCCGAAACAAGCCAACGGAGGGGCCUACCAGAAGCCCACCAAACAGGAGGAAUUCUACGCCUGACGCGGGAGCCAUGCACCCCCUCCGCCCUGCCACUCACUAGGCCCCCACUUGCCUCUUCCUUGAAGAACUGCAGGCCCUGGCCUCCCCUGCCACCAGGCCACCUCCCCAGCACUCCAGCCCCUCUGGCCGCUCCUGCCCACGGAGUCCUGGGGCAUGCUGGGAGCUCUACUCUGCUUCUCUGACUUCUGCCUGGAGACUUGGGGCACCAGGGUUUUCUCGAAUAGGACCUUUCCACCACAGCCAGCACCUGGCAUCGCACCAUUCUGACUCAGUUUCUCCAAACUGAAGCAGCCUCUCCCCAGGCCCAGCUCUGGAGGGGAGGGGGGAUCUGACUGCUUUGGACCUAAGUGGCCUCAUGUGGCUGGAAGAUUCUGUGGGUGGGGCUUGGGGCUCACACAUCUAUAGCACUUACUGGUAGGACCAAGCAUCUUGGGGGCGUGGCCGCUGAGUGGCAGGGGACAGGGGUCCACUUUGUUUUGUGGGGAGGUCUGAUCUAGAUAUCGACUUGUUUUUGCACAUGUUUCCUCUAGUUCUUUGUUCAUAGCCCAGUAGACCUUGUUACUUCUGAGGUAAGUUAAGUAAGUUGAUUCGGUAUUCCCCAUCUUGCUUCCCUAAUCUAUGGUCAGGAGACAGCAUCAGGGUUAAGACCUUUUUUUUUUUUUUUUUUUAAACUAGGAGAACCAAAUCUGGAAGCCAAAAUGUAGGCUUAGUUUGUGUGUUGUCUCUGAGUUUGUCGCUCAUGUGUGCAACAGGGUAU